AUGUGUGCCCUCUUUAACCUCUUGGAAGAAGUUGAAGAAAGGGAUGUGCCAUUGAGCCAUGCUGCCUCCGGCUGGCUCGCCUCUGUGGCUCGGGGCGUUGCGGCGCUGCAGGCUUCCGGCAGCCCUUUUGCUUUGCAGCAGGUGGGGACGCACCUGGAUUUCCUUGGACCGCAGGAGUUGAAAGACCCGAGCUUGGAGGGGUCGCCGGCUAGCAUCGGAUCCUGGGAGCUAAGCGUCUACUGCAGCACCCGGGAGUCAAGAAGCUUUUCCGUCGCGGUGGUGUUCGGUGUCGGGUUCCCGAAACGGUCCAAGAGUGAGACAAGCACAUGUCGGAUGGAUGCGCUCUCGUCACCGACAUCACUCGUGAUGUCUCGGCAGCUUGUUCUGCAGAUAAGGAUAAGCGAAGUGGUUUGA